AUGAGGUCUGAAACAGGUGCCUACGAUGGUGUCAAGAUCUCUAGUCGAGUGUACAACUCAGCUUUGAUCAACGGACGUGGUCGAUUCCGGAACAACAGGGCGCCGCUCAGCACCUUCACGGUCCCUACCGGAGGGUCUGUCAACUUCCGGAUCAUUCACGUCGGUCCGGAUUAUCCGUUCCGGUUUUCUGUGGAUCAACACGAGCUAACUGUGACAGCAAGCGAUGGGUACGACAUGGCACCUCGCAGCGUGCAGUCAGCCAUUCUAUACCCCGGAGAGAGCUACAAUAUACGGAUUAACGGAAGCGCAGAUCCGGAUUUGUACUGGAUCCGGGCUAAGACCCUGCGUGUCGGCCACUGCACAAAAUGCUACCCGUACAAUGAAGCCAACGUGGUCCCGGAUGACGCCAUAGAAGAGGUGCGGGCGGUUCUACGUUACCAAGGUGUAUUGGCAAACAGCGAUCCUAACACAUCUAAACGGAACUGCAGCGCAGAGUAUCCGUGUUAUGUCUUUAACUGUCCAUUUGCUGGCUACCCUGAACACUUGAACACUUUCUGUAUCAAUAUCAAUAAAGCAGAAGCUCCCGUGUCAUCAUUAGAGGGAGAAAAAUCAAAGGUUACUGACAAUGACGAUGAACAUUCCCUCAUCACGGAAGCCUCAGACGUAACGGGGAUCUUCUUAAACUUCAACUUCGCCAUCGGGUCUUCCGUCAACGGUCGCCGGUUCAUCGGUCCUACCGCCCCGCUUUACCAGGACAGCGCGGCGGUGAUCGUACCGUGUGCCAAGGAACAGUGUCUCCGGAGCGGCUGUCGGUGUACACACAUCAUAGACAUCCCUUACAACAAGACGAUCCAGCUGGUGAUGUAUAACACCUUCGCCCCGGCCAGUCAGACGCACCACUCAGUCCACAUCCACGGGCACGCCUUCCACGUCCUCGCCAUGGGUUACCCCAGCUACAACAAGACUACAGGUCGCUACGUCCAGCCUAACACUGAUGUGAAAUGCAAGAACGAGCUGUGCACGGACGCCACCUGGCGAGAUGAGCCGCUGCUGCUCAACCUGAUGAACCCGCCACUGAAAGACACCGUCCUGGUUCCUGCCAACGGAUACACUGUGGUCAGGUUCAGGUCUGACAACCCCGGGCACUGGUUCCUGCACUGCCACAACGAUCAGCACAUGAACGAGGGGAUGGCGCUGGUGCUGCAGGAGGCGGCAGACCGGCACCCGUCCCCGCCCAGGGGCUUCCCGCGCUGCGGUGACUUCACUUGGAGCUCGGAGGAAUACCAGCGUGCUCUUGAAGAUAACGGCUCACUAGAUAUCCAGACAACAGCGCUUGACACAAAGGUCCUGAUCCUGUCUACUGUGGUAGGAGUUCUCGCCAUCGUCAUCAUUCUGGCAGUGGCAGGAUACUGUAUCCUCAAGAUGAAGAAGAAGGACGCAUCUUCACUGACAGUCGUGGCGGAGUCGGUUCCGUUAAAGUAACACGCCCUUGAUGCAAAAGAGGAAUUAUUCUUCCAUAAAAGUUCCUGUGAGUUAGUAACUUACCGUGGAGCAAUUAAACUAUUCUCCAAUUUAAACAAAAGAAAGGACGUUGACUUACUUUAUGGACGUGUGACGUCAGCAAUGGGUCAAAGGUUGUUGGAAGUCUAUGUCGCCCCCCGUCCCGUGCAUAAAGUCACGUGGGCGGAGCGAUUGGGUUAGAUAGCUGAAAAAGACUGAAUGAUCAUUUUCAGUCCAAGUGUUUUGCAGGAGAAAAGUUUCAUUGCUACACAAAGAGUAAUAUUUCACUUUUAAUUCC